CAAAAGCCCCCCUGCCUCUGCAAGACAGUGCUUUUUUCCCACUAUGGGCGAUCAGAGAAGCCCAGCCAGGCCAAAAAGACAAGCCAAGCUUUCGGCAGACGACGGAUUCUGGGACUGUAGCGUCUGCACCUUCAAGAACAGCGCAGAGGCAUUUAAAUGCAGUAUAUGUGAUGUGCGGAAAGGCACAUCGACAAGGAAACCCAGACUAAACCCUCAACUCGUGGCCCAGCAGGUAGCCCAACAGUACGCAUCCCCACCUCCUCCAAAGAAAGAGAGGAGAGAGAGAUCAGAGAAAGAGAGAGCUGACAUGGAUCUGGCCGAGGACGAUCACUUUGACAUGGACAACUCUGAUUCAGACAGGCUUAGUAGUGUUCACCCAGACUCUGAUCACCCAGACAGACUGACUCUGGACAGGGUUCACACGAGCAAAGAGAGAGGACAGGACAGAAUCGGACUGAAUAAGCUACAGCAGCAGGACUUGGACAGGAGGCCAGAGAAGGGAGGUCUUAGCCAGGAGCAGCUUCACCAAAACCAGAUGGACAAGGACCACUUGGACCCGGAAUCGGCACAGCCUCAAAGGGGGCACGUGGACAAGGAACAUCCCAAAAUAGGAGGUGGAUCUGGAGCACACGGGGUGGAUCGAGUGCGAUCUGAGAGAGAGUUACUGAAAAAAGACAAGUUUGAGAGGGGGAUGCCUGAGAAAGACAAACACAGAGAAAAGGGCACAACCACUCCCACUAAGAAAACUACUGGUAAAAAGACAAAACCCAAAUCGGUCCAUACUGGUCCACCCAGUGAGAGAACAAGCUCAAAGUCAGGGAAGUCAACAAAGAAGAGCAACAAGUCACUCGUAACAAGACCCAGACUGAAGAACAUUGACCGAAGCUCUGCUCAGCAGCUUGCCAUAACUGUGGGCAACGUAACUGUUAUCAUCACUGACUUUAAGGAGAAGAAACGCUCCUCCUCCACGUCCUCCUCUACCGUGACCUCCACGACUGGAUCAGACCUGCAGCACCAGAACUCUGGGUCUGAGAGCACUGACAGGGGCUCCUCACGAGCCUCCACCCCAAGACGAGACCUCUCCACUGGACAUAAAGUGUCCUUAUGAAGGGGUUGGACAUCCAGAACCAAUCACUCUUACAAUACUGUGAGCCACCACAUCCACUCACACACAACCACCACUGACUGUCAGAUUAACCUUUAGAGAACUUUAAAGGUUAUUUAAUAUAUGGUGGAAAUGCUUUA